CAACAAAGCAUCUUACUUAUGUGAAAGCGCUUAAAAAUGUAGUGUAUUCAGUUUAGUAAUGACACAUUACCAUAGUGUUUUUACCAAUUCAUGUCUAAGAGUGCCUGUAGAUCCUGUUAGUAAAAUGCCAAAAACUGAAUACGAACGAACGGGUAGUUUAACCGAACAAUGUUCGAUUGAUUCUAUGUCGAGUUGUUCUUUAGCUGCCGCUGAUUUGGAUGCUAUUAAAUUGAAAGAAUUUUAUCGUAAUAUACCAGACUACAAAGACAUCAACCAUUUACCUACCGAAGAAUUCUACCUGACUUUAAAAUCUUUACGUGAAAAAAAGAAAAUAAUGUUGGAUUUGGCAAUGGAACACAUCGACGAUUGCACCAGUAACGGCGUGAGAAAUAAUAACGUGUUGAAUAGAAAAUGCUGCUCAAAAUCAAAAUAUGACGACAUUGCUGGGAGAAAAUAUUGUAAUGAUAACAAAAGGAAUGAAAAUAUUAAAUUCGAAAAUCCUUCACCCAAGCCAUCUAAAAAAUCAGUAAAACAAAACAAUGAAAAUAUACAACGAUCUUGCAAAAAAGCAACAAUUAUGAAUGAUGCAUCAAAAACAACAUUUAGAGAUGACUUAAGAAAUUCGCAGGCUGAUCAUAACAAAGAACAACCGAAAAGAAAUUAUUCUGCGUGUUCUAUAUCUUGGAACGUUGCCGAUCUUGAGAAGAAAGACGAAAUUGAUGAAAAAUUCGAACAGUAUUUUGAUAAAAAGAAGUAUAAUGUAGCCAAAGUGGAUAUUGAUGAUCCAAACGAAUUUAAAGCCCAAAGCAUGCCUUCUAGUCCGUUGAGAAGCAAAAGAGUUACAUCUCCUUUAAGAAAGCGGAAAAGCAUUACAGUCCCUAAGCCAUUUAAAAUGACUGAAAGGGACGACGAAGAACGAAUUGUGAAUGAGCUGCGGAGUCUAAGAAAAUCAUUUUCAGAAGAUAUGCUAAAUCAGAAAUGCGAAAAGAAAAAGUUCAAAGCGAAACCCGUACCGAUCGAGUCACGCAUUCCACUCUACGACAAAAUACUCGAGGAUCAAGCCAUGAGAAGAGCCAUCACGAAAAUAAACAGUGAAGCCGAGUUAAGGGCACAAAUGAAGCCUUUUAGUUUUACAAAAAGAGAGGAAAAAGGCAUAACAGGUAUUUGUGAGAAGGCAGCGCUCGUUAUGCCUAAAAGAAAAAAAAAGAAACGGUUUAGGGCAAAACCCAUUCCUAAGAAUUUAUUUUCUAACUAUUUCUAUAAUAAUAUGAAAGAAGACGAGUAUUUUAGGUCUAUGAACAAACGUAUUAGAGCCGAGGAAAUGUUACGCACUUCGCAAUACCCUGGCAACAUGGCCACUAGGGAUCGUAGCCGCCUCUCUACUCCAGCUGCUCAUAGUGAUUUACCAAUAGAUCCAUCACCCGGAAUUCCUUCCACGGUCUCCUCAGAUAGGCAAAGAUGUGUUAGUCCAAGCAAAAAUAGGACUGUGAAAGGAAAAAAAUUAAAAGAGGAUUUCGUAACUACCAGCCCGCAACCUUUUCGACUAUGUACUGCAGAUAGAGCAGCCAAAAAGAUGGAGAAUAUUGCUAUGAAAAUGUAUCAAGAAAGUAAAAGUUCGGAGAGCACUAAAGACACAGCAUUAGGGCCAGCUGCAAGAGCCUAUUCUGCAUUGGAGUUGAGAGGGAAUGCAUCUGGGAGAUCUAAUCUAGCUGCAUUAUUGAGAGCUGAGGCAGUUCGCAGGAAAUUUGAAAUCGACGCGGCCAAUCGCCUCGCUGAGCAUCGCAGAAGAAUGGAAACGAGGCAACGAGAUCGCCAGCUACGAUCUAAGCCCGCGUGGCAUCUUGUCAAAAAUAAUCACGAGGAAGAUAUAGCGAUGCGUUUACAGACCAGACGUGACGAGGAACGUAUGAGACGGGAAGAGUUUCUACACGAAAUGGAAUUGAUGUACGGGAGAGUACAGCAGCAGCCAAUGUUGUUCGAACGUUAUUAUGCGCCUCGUUCACAGUCUUUACAACUGGACACUUUACAACUCUCUCCCAGGAAGACGAAGAAACGAAGCAAGAAAUCUUUUCAAUUGAAGUCUCCAUGUCGCUCACGGAAGGUGUCAAUUAACGACACAGCCGAAACAUACAGUGGUGAUGUUACCGACUUUUUAAAUCGAAUAGAUGUCGAUGACAAAUACGCAUUUUCAGAUAUUGUUGAUAGUUUGGAUAGAGUAAAACUAUAGACAUUAAUUCAAGGAUUUCUUUACAUUUGAAAUGGAAAUGUUAAGUACUCGAGUACAAUAAAAUUUAAAAGUUAGCGGUUU